AGCAUUACAUGGAUAUUUGUCAGUCACCAGACUCAUAAUCAAAAUCACAACACAAACCACUCCUUCCUUUUCUUUUAUUUUCUUCUCCAAUCUCCACUCACUGUUCCACAUGCACAAGUUAACCCACUGACACACUCCAAAUUCUUCUCCCAAACAAAACCUCACUUCCUUCUUCAAUUCUCUUAUUAUAUUUAUUACUUUCUUCUUCUUCUUUUUCUAACGCCCAAAUGCAGGAGAUACAUUCAAUGGGAGGCACCAGGUUCUUCGGCGCCGCUGCUGACAGGAGGCUCAGGCCACACCACCACCACCCUCACCAGAACACCGCUACCAACUGCCACCAGCAGCAAGCACUUAAAUGUCCCCGUUGUGACUCACUCAACACCAAGUUCUGUUACUACAACAACUACAACCUCUCCCAGCCACGCCACUUCUGCAAGAACUGCCGCCGCUACUGGACCAAAGGCGGCGUCCUCCGCAACGUCCCUGUCGGCGGCGGUUGCCGCAAGUCCAAGCGUUCCAACGACAACAAGACCGCCAAAACCAGCAAAAAUAAUAAUAGUAAUAAUAAUAGCGCCACCGCAACUUCCUCCGCGGAAACGCCGCCGCAAACGACGUCGUCUCAGGCUCCACCGACGGACCAGAACUCCAAUUCUCACUCCAGCAGCGAGAGCUCUAACCUCACCGCGGCGGCGGCGGCGGCGACCAUCGGCACGACGGAGCUUAACUCUGAUUCUUCCAAGUUGUUGAUCCACGAGAAUAACAACAACAACGCUUCCUCGAACCCUAAUUUGGAGAGCGGUAUUUUCUCUGAGAUAGGGACGCUGACGAGCUUGAUGGCUUCUUCCUCUUCGAACAACGAUGCAUUGGCGUUUGGAUUUGGAGGUGGUGGUGUUGUUCCUGAUGCGACGUCGUUUCAGUGGCAUCAGCAGCAGAAGUUGCCGGAGAAUCUGAACGGUAGUGGUGGGAGCUUGCUGGAUCAUCAUGGACACGGUAGUACUGUAACCGUUGAUUUGUCGGCACUUCAGAGCAAGACGGGAAACGGUGGAUUUGGACCGUUGGAUUGGCAAGCUGGUGUGGAUCAAGGUUUGUUUGAUCUCCCCAACUCCGUUGAUCAUGCUUACUGGAGUCAAACUCAAUGGCCUGAUCACGAUAAUUCUAAUCUCUUUCAUCUCCCCUGAGAAUGCCUAAACAAAUUAAAUAUCCUCUCAAAAUCUCACCUCUUUUUUUAUUUUAUUUUUAAAUAUAACUCUUAUUUUUAUAACGUGCAAAGUAAAUUUGGAAUCAAAACUAAAGUUAGAAGAAAUUGAAAAGAAUGAAAGAAGAUGGAAGGGGUUCGUAUAAUUAAUCAUCUGAUGUAUAUUUUUUUUCUUUUUUAAUUUGGGAGGUGAUUGGGCUUGAUUUUAGUUAGUGAUGUGCAUGCUUAACUAACUUCCAUGUUAGUUUUGUCUGUUUUUUUUAAUAUAAUUUUAUUUUGAGUUUAUGCUUAUAUAUAUGUAUGUAAUGUGGAAUUUGAUUGACUAGAGAAACAGAGAAUAUAUAUAUAUAUAUAGAAGCAGUGUUUUAAUAGCGAUUUAGUGAUUA